UUCUCCUCCAAAUAUUCAACGCCGAAUAAUCUUGUUAAGGAUUGACAACUCUGGCCUAGUUUGAGCAGCAGCGAGCUUGUCUCAACUGGGGUUGUAUCGGCAACAACGAGAAGAAUUAUCCAUCCAGCUUCAGCCUUCAGACGGUUGAGUUCUGACUGAUUCAUAUAUAAUCAUAUUUAGCAUUUCAACAGGUUUGGAGCUCUUAAAAAUGGGAUGUCUAUCUUCAAAAUUGGUGACAAGAUCACUGAGUUUGAGGGAAGAGUUGAACCAGAGUUUUCAGAGGACAGCAAAUGGCAUCUCUGGUAGUGGCGGCGACGGUGAUCACUUCCAUGCUCUAGUUUGCCCUGCCAGUCUACCACCCAAUCAACUCCUAUCUGACAGUUUCUCUUCAGAACCAAAUACAUCCCACAAACCGGAUGUUUUUGAGCUCAUAAGAUACGAAUCCACCAGAAAAUGGGAAUUGACAACUAAUGCUGACAAAGAAGAGGAAGAACAAGUGGAACAUGCACCUUCAUUGCUUCCUAAAGCUAAAGAAUCCACUGGUGCUGCUGAUCUAGCUCGACGCUCCAAGAGUUGUCAUUAGUCUGAAGAUGAGCAUGAGAUGUUCUCUCUUGUUACAGCAAGAUACGAUGGAAACAAUAAGGGUAUUACACGUGCUAGGAGUAGGAGCUUCCAUACAGUAGAGGAAUAUGACGCAUUGGUUGAAAAACUCCGCUCAUCCAGGGCAAUGGCAGAUGCAAAGCAAAUCAGGUUUAGUAGCAAGGAAGAGAGUUCUUUGCAACUUCACCAUUUUAAGCAAUCACAAUCAGAGGAUGAAGCUCAAGUAGAAGAAAAGGGUGUCCUAUUUAGCUCAGGAACAGAAACCACAGUGGCUGGGACAAAAGAGGAACCACAUGUUGAAAAGGCUGAAACAAGCAUGUUUAAGGGGUCAAAGAGAAAGGUGAUUGCAAAUGGGCUAGAGUCGCUAGCAAUCCCAACCACCCUUGAAUUUCCAAGAGUUGCAAGCCUUAGGGAAUGGGUACAUGUUGGAGGACAAGUUUAUUCUCCAGGAGCUUACGUUACUCCAAAAUUUGGUAGCUAUGCUUUACCAAUAUCGGAACCAGAAAACAAAUGCAUUGAGGGCACUAUCUUUGAUCCAGAAUUAGUGGCUGCCUUUGAUGAAUGCAUGGAACAGCUUGAAGAGGAAGAGGAAACAAUUCUCAAACAAAUUGAAGAUAGUUUCGGCAAGGACAAGCAAGAGGAAGAGGAAAUUCAAUUCCACACAAAAGAACAGUGCAUGGAUUUGGCUCCACACCAAAAUGCAAAUUAACACCUCGCUUGAUUAAGCAUUUCAUUUAUUAAAUUCAUUACCAUGUUUAUGCAUUUAAGUUUUAAUGAUUCAUGAUUCUCCAGUAUCGCAAACUAAAGGCGGCAAAAAACUGGAUACCAAAGUGCCUCUUCAGCACUAUAUUUAAGGCAAAUCUGCCU